GUUAUAGUAGUUUCGAAUUCUGUUUGGGUAACCUCUCUAAUGCGCCAAGAAGGUAUAGGUCACAUGGUGUGUCCCAUCUAGUAAACAACGUGGACGUGAACAUGGAUUGUCCUUUUCUUCUCCAAUCAUAACUUUGGUAGCGAGCGGGUAGAUCACGAAAGGGUUACAAAGGCGUUUGCUCUUUGUGUUUAAACCAACGAUGACACUUUUGAAAACCCCCGUCGUGUCCGAAGCUAUUUGGUGACAUCGCCGAGGUAAACCGUGACAGGCUAGACGGACAACUUUAUAACCUCUUGGUGUGCUCAGCUUCAGCUUCAGUUUCCACCUCCAAUCCCUCAAGAUGAUGCACAUCACCUUCUACUGGGGUAACAAGGCGACGAUCCUGUUCGACUCGUGGCGGACCGACUCCUGGCCGGGCUACCUCCUCAGCCUCCUCGCUCUCUUUGCCGCUGCCCUCUUCUACCAGUACAUGGAGGACCGCCGCGUCCGCUUCAAGAUCCUCGCCGGAUCCAAGCCCUCCCUGCCGCCGCCCCCGUCGGCGGUCGAGGCUCCCUUCCUCCUGCCCCCCUCCGCCUCCGCUUUCUUCCCCCCGCCCCCCAGGCUCGCCUCCGCCCUCCUCUUCGGCGUGAACUCCGCGGUCGGGUACCUCCUCAUGCUCGCCGUCAUGUCCUACAACGCCGGCGUAUUCGUCGCCGUCGUCGCCGGCCUGACGGUCGGGUACUUCUUCUUUGUAAGCGGAGGGGAAGCGGAUUUCGUGGCGUUGCAGAAUUCCUGUGGCUGCCCUUAAUUCGGCCUUUCAUCUUCGGUACUCGCUUUAGUUACAUGCUUUAUAUCUUUCUAAAAUGUGUGUUACUGAGAACUCUUCUGUUAAUUAUCGUGUUAUGGUUUACAUUUUUCUGCAUUAUGUUUUUACAAGGUGGCAUAAUAGUGAUUAUGCACAUAGUUUUUGUGAAGUAAAAUUGUGAAAAGAUAUUUGGAAAUAUAAGUCUAUGCAAUUCCCAAAACAUACUGUUGUUUCCAGUUUUUGUUUUAUCUCCAGUGGUAUCAAAUAUGUUUUGAGUUCUGAUA